GGAAAAUCUCAUCGACGCAACCAGGAUAGCUGACGGGAUGCUUGUAUAUAUCAAGCGGGCGAAGACAGGUGAUGACGAGUCUCGCAUCGCCACCAUGCUCUCCAGUCCACCUUUGCGCGGCGAUCCGGAGAACCAUUCUGUCCCUAUCCUAGACUCAUUCCAAGGUGCCAAUGGCGAGAGCGUAUUAUAUCUGGUCAUGCCAUUUUUCCGUCUCAUCGAUGAGCCUCCAUUUUCCCUCGUUGUAGAGGUUGUUGAAUUCAUUGAUCAGAUCCUUGAAGGACUGCAGUUUCUUCAUAAGCAUGGUGUGGCACACCGCGACUGCACGUAUAAAAAUCUGAUGAUGGAUGCGCGCGAAAUGUUUCCUCGUGGACACCAUCCAGUGAGAGAAUCAAAGCUUCCAGACGGACAAACAACAGCACCUUAUUAUCGUCGUGCGGACGUACAUGUCAAGUACUAUUUCGUCGACUACGGUAUAUCCGUUCACUUUCCCCCGAACGCACAGUACAAAUUGGUGGUUGGAGCCAAAGGAAGGGAUCAGGAGGUUCCCGAGCUCUCCGAGGACCAGCCCUAUGAUCCGUUUAAGGUCGACGUGUUCAUAAUAGGGAAUGUCUUUCGUCAUCAAUUCUAUGAGAAGUUCUCCAAUCUCGACUUCUUGUGGCCAAUGGUGCUAUCGAUGACGCAGGAUGAUCCUGCACGAAGACCCAGCGCUGCCGAAGCAGUUGCUCAAUGGCAGAUCAUUAAAGUUACCAUCUCUCCCGUGCUCUUGAGAUGGAGGCCCAAACUUCGCACUGAGGACGUGAUCCUGACGGCGAUGUAUGACACUGUGUCGCUACUCGAUACUGCUGUAUACUUCGGCAGACGGCUUUUCCGUUGGGCUACUGAUAUUCAAGGAUCUACGCUCUCAAUCCUUUCAGUUAUCGUGAUCGGUGGUGUUCUGACAUCCGCAAGAAGGGAAAUGGCUCGAGAUCCAAAACCCGUGAAGUGA